GACAAAAAAUUGAACACACCAGCAGUGAGAGGAGACCUGAAAGUGGCACAUGGCAGAGUGUGGCGAUGGAGACAGCAGCAAUGGGGAAGGCCAUACAGGGACCCAUGAGAGACUCUGGACCUGGCAGCAGCAUGAGGAGGCGGUACAGGGGCCCAUGGCAGAUUACGGGCCUGGCAGCAGCAAUGGGAGGCCCGUAAUCUGCCAGCACCCUAUGACAAAAAAUGAACACAACAGCAGUGUGAGGAGACCUGAAAGUGGCACAUGGCAAGUGUGGCGAUGGAGACAGCAGCAAUGGAGGCCGUACAGGGACCCAUGAGAGACUCUGGACUUGGCAGCAGCAUCA